AAUACCUAACCUUAUAUUUGGGAAGAAAAACUUUUAUUAUACUUUGUCAAGCGCUAGGUUUGUUGAUACUGUAAUCAUGAGACUUACUGCAUUUUUAUUUAAAGAAAUACCUUAUCGAUUCAGAGGGAAAUAUCGUAAAGUAAAGAAACCCACAUUUGAAGAUUUAUUAAAGUUAAGGCAUGAUUUUGAAAGGGAAGAAAGAAAUAUGUUGAUUUUAAGACAUCCCUAUCUAACUAUUGAACAAUCUUAUGGGCACAUGAAACAUGUCGAAAAGCUACCUAUUGGUGUUAUUUAUGGAGAGGAAAGGAACAAAAAGUUUUCAAAAACUAUAACCAUUGAAGAACGAUUAAGUGGAUUAAAAACUUCAGAAGCGUGGGAUUGAAGUAUAUAAAAUGUAUUAAAUACUUGUCCUGUGUUUUAUGUAUAUUCUAGCAUUGUAUAAUUAUUAUAUACUUUAUAAGAUUAAAAAGAUAUGUAAAAAGCUUAUGAAGCUUACAAAUGUAUAAAAA